AACAGCGUCCGGGCGGGCCUGAGGCUGGGAUGCGGCGCUGCUUCCCCCGGACCCCGCCUGUGCUUUCAACCUCCUGGUCAACCCUUUGCCACGACUCCUGGCAUCCGGAGAACGUCCUGCCGACCCCGUCCUGUGUCGUGGUGUGGCUUCUUCUCUCAGAGAGGAGCCCUGAAAAGAUCCAAGCCUCUCGUGGGAUGGGGGCCUCCUGCUCUCCUGCAGGAGGAUGAGCUCCCUGCGGCUUUUGUCCGCGGCUGCAGUGUGUUGGUCUUCAUCAAUGAAAAGAGGCCGCACCGGAUGGGGAUGAGAUUUCCACUGCUCCGGGAGUCACGCAUCUCCUCACGUGGUCGAGGCCUUCACAAGCUCAAAGUGGAACCGCCUCCAAAACGGUUGACAAGCGGACACAUGACCCAGGAGGAUGAGCUCCCUGCGGCUUUUGUCCGCGGCUGCAGUGUGUUCGUCUUGAUCAAUGAAAAGAGGCCGCAUCGGAUGGAGAUGAGAUUUCAACUGCUCUGGGAGUCACGCAUCUCCUCACGUGGUCGAGGCCUUCACAAACCCAAAUGUGACGGCAGUCCCCCCGCUCGCUCGCGCCUCGCGCAUGCGCAUUGGCUCGGCCGCCCCGCGCUCCGCUGCGGGCAGUCAGGCUGCGUCCCCGAGGAUGAGCUCCCGGCGGCUUUUGUCCGCGGCUGCAGUGUGUUCGUCUUGAUCAAUGAAAAGAGGCCGCACCGGAUUGGGAUGAGAUUUCAACUGCUCCGGGAGUCACGCAUCUCCUCACGUGGUCGAGGCCUUCACAAACCCAAAGCGGAACCGCUGCGAAAACGCUUGACAAGCGGACACAUGACCCAGGCUGGACGCGGAAGGAGGCUCACCAAAGACAGUCUGAUGUGCAUCUGGAGCCUGAGUUUCCAGCUAGGACCUAAUGACCAUCUGGGACCCAGGAACAGCAACAAGGAGAUAUAUAAUCAAAAAAUGAAUUCCAGUGUACAUCAGCAGCUAGGUAGAUACCAGUCCCAGGACAAUGAGCUCCCUGCGGCUUUUGUCGGCGGCUGCAGUGUGUUCGUCUUGAUCAAUGAAAAGAGGCCGCAGGGGAUGGGGAUGAGAUGUCAACUGCUCCGGGGGCCACGCGUCUCCUCACCUGAUCGAGACCUUCACAUCCCAAGGUGGAACCGAGGCGAAAACGGUUGA